AUGUUUUAUUGUCCUCGACAUUAUGGUGGUCAACAAUCUGCUCGAGAGCGCGAGUCCCAGAAACCGGAAGCACUCAAGUUCAUUAAUAAUCCAGAUUUGCCAUCACCGGAAGAAAUGACACAUUUACUUAAUCUACACUUUACCUAUGUUCAUCCCUUUGCACCGGUCUUUGUCUGGUCCAGCUUUUUCAAAAGGUUGCAGAAUCACAACUAUACACCAUCCUUACUAUUUCUGCUCAAUUCCAUUUUUGCCUUGGCUUCGCAAUUCUCGGAUGAUAUCUCUUUUCGAUCAGAUCCAUCCAAGUCUGAGACAAUUGGAGGUCGGUUUGUAGAAAAGGCCAAACAAAUUUUGGAUACCCUCUAUGACACGCCCGACUUGUACUGCGUGGGUGGCCUUGUCUUGCUCGCUUUUCAACAGAUGGGCACCGGCAAUGGAUAUAGAUCCUGGAUGUACGUCGGCAUUGCCGUUCGUAUGGCCCAGCAUUUAGGGUUGCAUCGCGAUUGCCUGAAGCUCAACCCUCACUUGCCCGCACUGGAUCGUGAGGAACGUAAUAGGAUUUGGUGGACCUGCUUUAUGGCUGACAAGAUUUUAUCAACUGCAUUCGGCCGUCCCCAAGGUAUUACUGAAAACGAUGUGGAUGCCACUUACCCAGAUGGAAUUGAUGAAGAAAACACUCAGAUUGAAUACAAGCUCGAAGGUGCAACGUCUAUGCUCACAGGACCAUCUCCCCAAUCGGAAAAGAAGUUCAUUUAUUUGGUGUCUCUUACGCGAAUUCUUGGAAGAGUGAUGGCCAGCUUGUAUAGUCCCAUGUCCAGGGCUUCGUCAAAAUCUAAAAGCUCCAUGACCAACCCUGCGCCGCUAGAGCAGCUAGACAAGGAGCUUACAGACUGGCUUUUGACGUUGCCACCUCAACUCCAGUUCCGUUCUGUGCAGCAAGAGCCUGGAACAUUUGUAUGCAUGCUUCACAUGACCUUUUACACGGUAUUGAUUCUGUUACAUCGGCCAUACAGCCAUCAGUCCUCACAAAAUGCACCCAAUGAUCCAUCCAUCUCAUUGUCCAUUUGCACAUCGGCCGCGAAUAAUUCAAUCGAGAUGGCCAGCAACAUGAUGAGGGCUACCGAUGAGAAACGAGGUGUCUCCAGACUGAAGUGUCUGCUGUAUUACUCUGUCCUCAUCUUGUUUACAGCUGGAAUCGUUCAUACAACAAACUGCACUAGCACCGACCCUGUCCUGGCAGCCUCUGCAAAGUUACGGACGAUUGAGACUUUGAAAUGCUUAGCUAUCGUUGAAGACGUUUGGAUGACUGCGAGAAUGGCAGCUGACAAUAUUCUUCUAUUGCUCAAAGCGCGCAACAUUGAUCUACCGUAUUCAACAGAAGGUAAAGAAAUAUUCGAGCAUGUUUCGCUUGAAUGA